AUGUCGUCUUAUGCUGGCGUCCGCCAUGCUCCCUCAGCCUUUGCGUCUCCAGCGUCUACCACUCUCUUCAGACGGCUAGUAUGGGAAGGAACUGUGCCACUUGAGAUCCGAGUGGACUCGAAGGAGCUUCCCGCCAAUAGUAAUCGUGGUCUUGAGGUGUACUUUGUACAAGCGCCCCGCGUCACAUAUCUGCCGCUACUGGUACCAGAGCUGAAGCGUUUUCUUUCGGAUAUUGUAUUCGAUGAAGAAGCGGCGCGAAUGAUGAAUGACGAAGACUGGUGGUUUGAGAGUGAAGAAGGGUCACCGCUGAAGUGGCAUUGGCCUAUAGGAUUGAUCUAUGAUAGUCAUACCACCGCCCAGUCUACUAAGCCCGUACCUGCCCAGAAGGGUACGCCUCUGCGGGUUGUGCUUCACCUGGCAUCGCCGCCCACGGAUAAGCUUUUGCUCGCUCCGAGUGCGGAGGCGUGCAAGCAAGCGUUCAUGGGUCAAUUGAAAGAAGCAGACUUCUUGCGAUGGGGCAGUACGAAGCGUAUGACUGGGCUGAGAAAGGCGGAACAGGAUGGGAUCUGGGAGGGAAUCAAAGAACACAAUUUCGACGAUUACUGGAGAGUAGCAUCAAAGGUGACUCCGACAACUACACCAGCGGCACGUCCAAGCUCUCCUCCGGGCUCGUUUCAUACGAGGCCGCCGUCGGCAGAUCCUCAAGGAGCCCCGGACCGUGAUGGCGCCUACAGCGUGCGCAGCGUACCCUUACGACUCUACCUACCGGAUGGCCCCGUGAUACAGGAUCUAGCUCCCCCGCUCCUCGAAGAUGGUACACCCAAUACUCUUGCCGACUUCCUUGGUCUCCAUCUUCCGGCUCUUUUCCCAUUACCGUCGCCUAGUGCGCCACUGCGACCCCUAGGAUUUGCCCUCGUACAGGGCGUACGUGCGCCAGCGGAGUCGGAGCUUGCAUGGCUGGGUGCAUGCAUGGCCGGUGCAGACGGCUGGGUCAAUAUAUGUAUCGGUUUGCUUCGCGGCAGGACUUGA